AUGGAGUUUGAAAGAGCACUUGAUCCUGAAAACAUUCCUACGUCGGAAGAUAUGAUUAGCGGUUCAAGCGAAAUACCUUGCACGGAAAUGAUUGACAUGUUUAUUGAGGUUGCUAGAGAUAAGAAGAAAACCAUAGACUCCAAAAUGGAUUCACUUAUCAACCUUAUGCGAGAAGUGGAACAUAUGGAGAAGGCUGCUGAACAAGCAAAACAGCAAUCUGAUGAAUGUAGCUUAGAUGUUGUUGGUCAAGUGGAUGACGUUAAACAGGCAGCACAACGUGCAAAGGAAAAAAAUGAUAUGCAUGCUAAAGAAGUAUAUGCACAGAAGGCUGCUUUAGCUACUGAGAUGGACAAGGUUCAACUUCGUGUGUUGGGUGUAUCAAAUGAAGGAAAUAAAUUCCUUUCGGAUCUUGAUGAGAUAAGUAGAUCCCUCGAGAAGAGAUUAAAUUCGGCAAUGAUGAAAAAAGAAGCAGCAGAUAAACAGAAGUUAGAAAACGAAGCAUUGUUUGCUAACCAUAUAAACCAAAUGGAAAUGACAGUAGAAGAGGCAAAGAGACUUGAACAAGAAGCAAUGCAGAAUUCAGAGCUGCAGGAAUUCCUUAGAGAUCGUGGCCAUGUAGUCGAUAUGCUACGAGAAGAGAUAUAUUGUAAACGUCUGGAUAUGGACCUACUAAAAAAGGAGCUUGAAGAUUAUCAAGUUGAAAAGGAACUCAAGGUUACCGAACAAUAUUUGACCCCAAUAAUGCAAGAACCACCUUGGCUCAAUCAAAUGGGUGUAAUUCAUGUAUGA